AUGACCGACUCGAGCUUCGUCCAAGCCCAACGCCGCGUCGCUGCGCGUCGCCAAACCCGUGAGGCCGAAGCUGCUGCUCGCAUCGCUGCACAGCGGCAAUCUUCUCGACCUAGAGCCAACCUCGAGCGCUUACCUUACCCCCUGAAUCGCAUAGGAUCUGCGUGGGAUGCUGUGUCGACAAGGGAGGGCACGCGCCCUGCAUUUCGAGUAGGACAAGUCGAUGCCGAACUGCUCGAUGUAGAGCUCUUGGACAUUCUCAAGGACCAGGUUUGCGAGGGUCUCAAAUAUUUUGGUGGAGGGCAUCUGCAUGAUGACUGGUCAGCCGAGAUUAUGUUGGUUCUGAGGGCGGUGCUUUUCAAGCUCACUGUCUGGGACCACGAUGCCACAUACGGAGCGGCUCUCCAAAACCUCAAAUAUACUGACGCCAGAAACGAUGGGCUUAUACUCAAAGCACCCUCAAAGGUGCAGAAAUCACUCUAUGGACUUGUCACAGUAUUUGGAAACUAUGCUUGGACGAGAUGGGAGGACUGGCUUCUGGAGCAUGACGAUGGUUACGACGAGCCAAGUCCCCGAGUAAAGCGACUAUCGAAAUUGACAUCUGCCCUCUCAACUGUUCACUCGGCAGCGGCAUGUGUCUCAUUUCUAGUCUUCUUAUUGCAUGGACGGUACCGAACCCUCCUCGAUAGAAUUCUCAGAAUGAGACUUGCGCCACCCACAAGCCAAGUAAGCAGAGAGGUCUCAUUCGAGUAUCUCAACAGGCAGCUUGUUUGGCAUGCCUUCACCGAGUUUUUGCUUUUCGUACUACCCCUAAUUGGCAUCCAGCGAUGGCGACGCUGGCUGACCAGGACAUGGCGGAAAACAAAAGACAUUAUCAGAACGGGGCCUCAGGAAGAGGGCAAGGCCAAUGGUGAAUACGCGUUCCUCCCUGAAAGAACAUGCGCAAUUUGCUACCAGGACCAGAAUACGGCAACUUCUGAGAACGAAGUGAUGGCAGUAGCAGCAUCCACUGGUGUUAUUGGCUCAGCCCAGACAGACAUAACCAACCCAUAUGAGACAAUACCUUGUGGGUGUGUAUACUGUUUCGUCUGCUUGGCCACUCGAUUGGAGAGAGAAGAGGGCGAGGGCUGGACCUGUCUGCGUUGCGGUGAGCAUGUCAAAGAAUGCAAGCCUUGGAGUGGUGACUUGCUUGAGCCGUCUACAAAGCAUGCCUCGGCCAAGACGGUGGCUUUCUCAGAUGAUAUUACUGGGGGUGUGCUUGUAGAUGAGCAGGAGGAUGAUGAAUCGUUCGUGGAGAGUCUGAGCACAACCUCAGAGUGA